AUGGCUUCUUUGGAGUCUAAAAUCACUUCUAGGGGAGGCGACCUGUACUCCGGCGAGGAUCGCAGUGGAAAAGGGGACUUUGUUUUGGCGGUGAAGAUUGUGAGUCAAAUUCUGAUUAAACUGAAGCAGAUGAGAAUGGUGAUUAUGACUGUGGAGGCUCAAAUACGACGACGUAGCGGAGGGGAGAUGAUGAUUAGAGAGCUUGUCAUCUCUGACUAUUUUCAUCAUUGUCAUGAACCUACUGCUGCUAGUGGAGUUGUCAAUGGAAACCUUCUUCUCUGCGACAUAUCUUCUCUCGCCUAG